UCUUCAAUUCUUCAACGAAAAGGUGGAGACCGGAGAUUCGUCGCCGGAGACUGAAGCUUCGGAGAGGAGGAGGAGCAGCAGGAGAAAUGGGAGAUGGAAGAGAAGGAGAUUGGGAGUGUUUAGGUUGCAAUAACAGGAACUACGCGUUUCGAUCAUUCUGCAACAGAUGCAAGCAGCCUCGUCUAUUCAUGGAUAACAACACCUCCCAAAAUUCCAAGUGGCUUCCUCGUAUCGGUGAUUGGAUCUGCACUGGCCUUAGGUUGAGAUGUUUUUGUGUAUUCUGUUGUAUAUGGAACUCGCUGGUGUGGUGUGCGUGCGUUUGGGUGUGUGUGGUGACGUGGCAAUAGGUUGCACUAACAACAAUUAUGCAUCACGAGAAAAGUGUAAGAAGUGCGGACAACCAAAGGAAGUAGCAGCUUUGUCAGCAGCAGCUUCUCUUCAGAGUCAUCUCAGUUACUUCGCCCGUGGACCUGAUCCAGUCGACCAACUUGGUUCUUUACUCCCUUUCUCUAAUCAAGCUUCGGCUGUUAAAGAGUGGAGGAGCGGUGACUGGAUCUGCGCAUGUGGGUUUCACAACUAUUCCUCUCGUAUACAGUGCAAAAAGUGCAAUGAAACAGCGCCACUAGCACUUGGAGUGAAGAGAUUAGCAUCAGAAGUUUUGGCUCAUGAAUGGGAUAGCAAAAGAUUGAAUCAAGGAUAUGCAAGCAUGCAACCACAGUCAUCGUUAUAUGCAUCUUUUCCCGGUAUAAGCUCAGGCAGUAUCUCAAACUGGCAACUUCCUCUCCCGUUUCUUCAGCAACAGUUAACACCUGCUUUACUUGGAAAGGGAGCAAAACAAUGGCGUGAUGGAGACUGGAUGUGCACAAACUGCAAGAAUCAUAAUUAUGCAUCUCGAUCAGAGUGCAAUAGGUGCAAGACUAAACGAGAUAUUAUUGAGCAAGCCAUAACUCCGGCACAAUCUUGAAGAAUCAAGAAGAGUGUUCUUUUACUAUCAUUACAAAAAUACUCAGUAUCUCAACCUUGUUUGAUUUGGGUACACAUUACUCGAAACUGGCAAGAAUAUAAGCCCCAAAAUGUUCUAUAACAGAGAAAGCGAAAAGCUUGUUUAGCCCUUCAAGAUGUUUUUAGGAUCAA